CGGGGACGCGCCGAGCCGGGCGAGAGCAAUUGCGCGCAAGCGCGGUGGCGGCGGGCUGAGAUUUAAAGAGACAGGCGCAGAAGCUGUUACCCCUUUUUGGGGUUCCCCCCCCUUUUUUUCCUUGGGUGUUUCCGUCUGGGAAGAUGGUUUGCGGGGGCUUCGCCUGUUCACGCAAUGCGCUCUGCGCCCUCAAUGUCGUUUAUGUGCUGGUCGGGCUGCUGCUGAUUGGCGUGGCUGCCUGGGGGAAAGGCUUCGGCAUUGUCUCCAGUAUCCACAUCAUCGGAGGGGUCCUUGCAGUGGGGUUCUUCCUGCUUCUCAUCGCCAUCGUGGGGCUCAUCGGCGCUGUCAAUCAUCACCAAGUCAUGCUCUUCUUUUACAUGAUCAUUCUAGGGCUAGUCUUUCUUUUCCAAUUCGGAGUCUCCUGUUCAUGUCUUGCCCUCAGCAAAAGCAAACAGGAAAGUCUCUUGAGUGGUGCCUGGGGAAUGCUGAACAAUGAAACCAGGAGCACAUGGGAAAAAAGUCUGAACUGCUGUGGGUUCUUCAACAGAACUACCCCAAAAGACAAGGGUGGUGCUGAACACUGCAAUGCGGCAUGUUGGGAAUCGUCUUCCCCGUGCAUCACGUGUGGCGAGAAGAUGAUGCAGCACGCGGACGAGGCCUUAAAAAUCCUUGGAGGAGUUGGGUUGUUUUUCAGUUUCACAGAGAUUCUUGGAGUGUGGCUUGCCAUGCGCUUCAGGAACCAGAAAGAUCCCAGAGCGAAUCCCAGUGCCUUUUUAUAGAACAUCGUCUUCCUUUCCCUUGUCAUUCUCAACAUCUCUUCACGUGCGCCUUCCUCCAAUUUUAGCUACUGGUCAAGGUCUUCAAGAAAGCCCAUUUCCCUUCACUCAGGAACAAAGCAGCCCUAUGAGAGAGGGGUGGGACUUUGCCGCUGCACCGAAACCGCUGAUUGGAUGAAACAGCAAGAGUUGCAUCCUUGACAUGAAGCUUUUAGCAGAUGGCAAAAAAAAAAGGUCAUUAGUUGCUAGCAACUCGGGAUGAGCCCCAGUCAUCCAUUUGCCAAGUCACACAUUUGGUUGCUGCUCAUAGUUACAAUCACUUUUGUGUUUUUAAAAUAUGCAUUUUGGGGGGGUUGUGUGUGUACAUUUUUCCCAAAAAGGACAUGACUUCCCCUAGAGCGUCUCUAUCGAGGUUGUCAUCCUACCAAGAUAAAUUGCUUGAUCCUGAUAGGUUAAGAGAAAAUGAUGCUUUUGCUACCGACUGCCUUUCACAGAAUACGUCUGCCCCUCUCUGCUGUGGUAGACUUUGUGUCAAUAUGAUAAAAUACAGAUGUCGCCGCAUGACGCAACUCUCAGUGAAGGCUUCGGUGUUAGCCAAACGCACCUGGUUACAGGUAAAUCAUGAUCGCUGUGUUGUGAGAAGUCGCUUUUUAAAAAGAUCCCUUGAUUUAAAUUAGUCUUAACUUCCUAAUCUUUUUUAAAGUCAUAAACCUGGGUUCCUGCUUUCCAGAGAGGACAGCAGAGAUCUGUGUAGACCUGUCCAGGGAACAGGACCUCCGCUCCCCACAGAGGUGAGUCAAGCCACCCUCUCUCCUCACUAUUUCCCUUAAAUUGGCUUCAGUGUGGUUUAGCUCUCAUGACUUGUGCCAAAGGAAUAAUUGGAAGUGUUGUCUUGUAUUGAGAAUUUAGAGAACUACAGUUCUCAUAAUUCCUUCACUAGGGAAGAAGUAGGCUUAGAAUCAGCUAUAUGCUUGAGGAUGUGCAGUGCCCUGGUCAAGUUCCUCAUACAUUGCUCAUUUGGUGUAAUGUGAAGGGUUUUUUUAAAAAAAAAUAGGGCUAGUUCUUUGGGGGUUUGCAGUAGACACCCUAGACCAGAGGCAUUGAACUCGGUUGUUACAAGGGCCAGAACUGACAUAAAUGUCAGGCCAGGCCAUGUGAACAAUAAAAUGUAAUGCCAGGUACCAGAGAUAUAAAAAUUAUAAAGGACACAGGCAAACCCAAUCAAUGAUAUUUUUACUCAAAAUAUAAACAAAAGCAGUUGAUUCCUAGGAAUGAAAGCAAUUGAUUUACUGGGAAAUCCACAAAAGCCCCAAUAAGUGUUUUUAAUCAUAUGCAAGACUAGGUUUUUUCUUAAAGCAAUUUCAGUAAAGGGGGGGGGGUAUCUUACAUUUCCAUAAAAAUUAGUUCUGUUCUUAGCCAUUUUUGUUUGUUUCUUGACUGUUUCAACCACACACACCUCACUGGGUGUACCCAACCCCACCCCCCAGCACCCUGCUCUCCCUCCCUUUGUACCAGUUGCUCAUAGACCAGAUACCUGGACAGGUUGGUUCUGUCCCCCAAGCCUUAUGUUUGUCACCUCUGCCCUAGACAGAUAGCUAGCCUUCUUGAAUAACAGUUGAGUCAUUUGAAAUAAAUCGUUCUAUUUCAGAACAUCAGGAAGGACUACAGAAGUUCACACCACUAUUAAUGCGAGAACAGAAAUAACGCUAACUUGCAACUUAGUUUCUUCUAUCCUGUGCUCUAGGUUGGUAGCCUCAGAAAGAACUUGUAGGGCUGUGAUAUUUUCUUGACAUUUCUUUCCCCCCUCCUCUUGAAAGGCCCCGGGCAACUUAGGAGAGCGGCGCUUCUUGGUAUACCACCAGUUCCCUUGACAGAAAGGGAAUGAUGGCACCGCUGGUCAUUCAUUGCAGUAGGCCGUGGUAUCUUAUCAAAGCCAGCAGAUGACACAACCAAUGUUCCCUCUAAGCUGCAAAGUCUUGUGAGCAAAAAUUCUACUUGGUGAGCUACUAACAUUAAAGUUGAGCUACUGGCAUUAAAAGUUGUGAGCUGCUGCAUAAAUUAUUGUGCUCUGGGGCCAUCCUUCCUGAGCUAAGACAAAAAAUGUGUGAGCUGGAGGCUAAAACUCUGUGAGCUAGAGGGAACACUGGACACAACCUGCAGCCCUUUUUUUGAAAUGUAGCAUUACGCCUUCUUGCCUUUGCCAAUGAUGAGUGACGAGGCUUCCGGGACAGAAUCCUGGAAAGGUUUUGCAGGGCAGUUUAAGGGAUCAAAGGCCCCGCACUGCUGCCACCCGUUUACCUCUGCAGCCUGAAAGAGCAGAAGCAAUGUGUUGCCAUCAAGGGAGAAGUUAACAGCGGUAGGAGAAAAACCCAGACGCUUCCCAAGAGCUGAGCCACAGAAGCAGGAAAAACACCAGGCUUUCUGUUGCAAGAGACUUUCCGUUUUCAUUAUCUGUCAUCGAUACCACCGCCUCAUCUUUUGUAAAGUGCUGUAGUAAAGAAGCGUUGCUGAUGUUUUGCCAGAUGCCAAUUUCUGUCUGGGGAAGACAACCGCAUUUGCAGAGUGCCGCUGGAGAAAACCGAAAAGCUUUCUGUGCUGCUGCACCCUAGUGGCAAUUCUGAGUGUGACCAGCAAGUACAUUAUUUAUUUAGAGAGAGAAGCCAUAUAGGGGGGCAGUUGGUAAACAAGCUUGGAAGGAUGGGAGGGUAUGUGGCAAUGCGCGCUCUCUAAGUUGUAGAGUCUUGUGAGUAAAAAUUCUUUGUGAGCUACUUGGCAUUAAAGUUGUGAGCUACUGCAAAAAUUAGCUUGCUCUGGAUCCAUUUUUCCUGAACUAAGACAAAAACAUGUGAGCCGGAGGCUGGCUUGCACUAACUCAGUUUAGAGGGAACGUAUGUGGAAGGAGCUUAGCAAUUUCUGCACAAACAGAUGGGCUUGGGAAUAGUCCCAAACCAAGGUGUAAGUUAAAUCAAGCUCCGUGGUCCCUUCUAUCUAGAUGGGUGCUGUAGAGGGAUAGUGUGCGUGUAGGUAUCUAUUCAGUAUUACAAAAAGGUACAAAUAAGUCUAGUGCUACUUGCUGCCUAAAGCUAAGAGGAAAUGUCCUCUUUUACUCAAGUCUGUUACUGCUGCUUUCCCCACCCCCACAACUGCUCUGGCUGAAUGGUGCCAGGGGAAAACAUUCUGGUCCAGCAAUGCCAUCAACAAUGAUGAGAGCAAACUGCAGUGCACUUUAUACAGGUGGCAGGACAAGUUUAAAAAACAAAAGCCAAACAGUGCUUUCAAAUGCCCCCCCCCCAUCUCAGUUCCACCUUAAGGGCUAGGCCAAGGCCUGCUUAAAUCACACAUGGGCAACUCUGUUGGCUGUUUUUGUGAAUGGACAUCUUUCAGUGCUGCAGAAUUUGCUAGAGACUAUCCUUGCUCUGUAGAGCCCAAAUACCCCAGGGCUUGGGAGCUAAACAGGGUCUUGCCAGUCGGUACUUGGAUGUGAGACCACCAAAGACGACGGGGAUUGCCACGUGGAGGAAGGCAAAUGGCAAAACCCACCUCUGCUCAUCUCUUGAGCAACCAACCCAUGGCUGAGGUCUCCGGGAGUCAGCUCCAACUCAGCAGCACGCUCUUCUUAUCCUUGCCAUGGUGGUAGAGAGGGUAGAAGGCGGCAUGACUAGGACUGGCUCUAAUCACAUUUUGGAAAUUGUACAGCAGAAAGAUGGAUUUGAGCUCUCCACUAUUAUGCACACCUGGAUUGUUGUCAUUGUAGAAACUGGCAUUACCUUAUUACAAGCCAUUUGAAUAAACAUAUUUGUCAAAUCCUAA